AUGAAAAACCAUUUGCAAAGCAAACAUCCCGACAAAUUAUCCAAAAUUUACGGUGUUAAAUCUUCAACUUCAUGCGGCGGAAGCAGAACUGUUCGUUCUCUGAGGUCAUUUGCAAAUACGAGCGCUGCCGCUCAGCCGGCUUCACAUAAACAAUUAACUUUGGCAGAGACAGUAGAAAGGAAAGAGUAUUGGGAUAUCAAUGACGCAAAAUCUAAGCAAUAUCAUUAUUUAAUUGGUGAAAUGAUUGCGUUAGAUAAUGAGCCACUAUCGAUGGUGGACAGAGUUGGUUUCAAUAGGCUUAUGCAUAAGGCAGUUCCUCGGUACAAGAUCUCCAGUAACGACACCCUAUUUACACUUGUAUUCCAGCAGAUAUCAGUUGCCCAAGGUUCAAAGCUUGCAUCAGAAUUAACAUUUGGAAGAACAAAGGCACAUGCUAUUGUUACAAAUGUUACUGGUAAAGUAGCAGAAAACCAAUUAAUUGAAAUAUUACAAAAAAAUAAGUUUUCACUAAUAGUUGAUGAGAGCACAGACAGAUCAUCAAUUAAACAUUUGGCACUUAUUGUAAGAACUGCAGUUGAUUUUCAUGUUGAAGAUAGUUCUCUAUGUCUAAUACCAGUUGUUGAUGGUACGGCUACAGCAUUACAUAAUGCUUGUACAAAACAUUUUGAAGAGAAGAAUAUUCCAUACAAGGAAAAUAUGGUUGGAUUUGCAGCUGACGGAACCAAUUCCAUGUUUGGACAACAUCAUUCCUUGUCAAAAUUGUUUGCAAAAGAUAUUCCGAAUCUGUUUCUAAUAAAAUGUAUAUGUCACUCUUUUCAUCUUUGUGCCUCAUAUGCUUGCAAAAAAUUACCACGAGGUGUAGAGGACUUUGCUCGUGAUGUUUACAACUAUAUACAGAAUAGUCCAAAACGUAUUGGAGACUACAAAGAGUUUCAAUGUUUUGUAAAUAUUAAACCACAUAAACUAUUACACCCUGCCCAAACAAGAUAUUUAGCUUCAGGAUGUUCAUUCAAAGAAAUACAUUACUCAUACAGAGUAGGCGUUUCGACAAUAAGUAAACUAAUAAAAGAAAUGACCCACGUCAUUUGGGAAAACCUAAAGACAGAUUUCCUUAAGCUGCCUGAUACUGAGAGAGAAUGGGAGGACAUCGCUUCAGGAUUCGAAAGAAAAGCCAACUUUCCUCACUGUCUUGGAGCAGUAGAUGGCAAACAUAUCAGGGAUCCGAUAUGCAACAAAGUACCACGUAAAGGAGUACAGUGUGCUGCAGAAAUAUAUUUGCUAUUUGAGGCGGAUACAGAGGCAGUGUUACUUUAUAGCACAGAUUGCGAGCAUAAUCACGAUUCUGUUAAGAAGAACUAUCACUAUGGUAUUUGCGACGAAACAAAAUCUGAAAUUAAUAAACUGUAUGACCUCCACCUAAAGCCGAAAUCAAUCUUGGAGAAUUUGAAGAAAAACUCUGAACUUAAAAUACCUACAAAACGGCAGCUUUAUAACUAUUUAGCAGAUCGCCGGCGUAUCAAAUAUGGACCAUCCACAAUUUCUCAAGGAGAGCUGGAAAAAUGGAUUGUUAAUCAUACAAAUGUUCCAGACAACGAGAACGAAGUCUUUGUGAUAGCCUAUUAUAUUUUAGAAAGUGAUCCACCUAGUUUUCGCAUCGUAUUAUCAACUAAGAAUUUCUUGAAACAAUGUAUUUCUGCUGACAUUCUGCAUGCAGAUGCCACAUAUAAAUCGAUUUGGCAGGGGUAUCCUGUAUUGAUUGUAGGAACAACCGAUAACAACAGGAAAUUUCACCCCAUUUGCUUGACAGUAUCUACAAAUGAAUGUGCAGCACCAAUAUCACCAGCGGCGAACAACGCACUCGAGUCUUUUAAUAGAGUUAUAAAAGACCACAACACUCUCUGCGAGCGUAUACCGUUGGCCCGUUUCCUUGUGGUGGCAGAGGAAAUGGUUAAUAACUGGUCAGUACAAGCAACAGAAGAAAAAUUUGCGACACAACCUCAAUUGCAGUUAUCAGAUUGGACAACAGGAUAUCAAUGGGCGAAAACUGAUACCAAAAUUAGAGUUGUACAUUCAACACCAGCCAGCACCACAUAUUUAAUUCCAUUCAACAACUCAUUCAAAAUUGAUCAAGCUGAGAAGACUUUCAGGUGUUUUGACGAAUACAAAAAAGUGUUUUUUUCAUCUUGGAACGUAAUACUACCGAACAAUCAGACCGAGUGGAUUACUGGUUACUGUGAUUGUCCAGACUUUUAUCGCAAGUACAGCUGCAAGCAUUUGAUAGGCCUUGCAAUCAGACUGAAAUACGUGACGCCUCCAUUAAAGGCAAAGUCACAACCACUAGGAUUAAAAAGAAAGCGUAGAAAGCCAACAAAAGCGCGAGCUGCGUUUAUAAUCCAAUAA